UAUAUUUUUUGUAAACAGUUUUAAACAGUAAUAACGAGAGAUUUAAGAAUACAAUAUUAAUAUUAGAAUUCUAUAUGUAAUGUAAUAUAGAACACUUUUCAGUGUUCCUUAUGACCUUCAACUUUUGCUAGAACUAGGGAACUGACUUUGACAGUUAUUUCGUGACCAGUGUGACACAUGUCACCAGUUAGAAGUAAAUUAGGUUUUGGUGUUAGUGUUUAUUUUAUGAAUGCAAACAUCUUUACCACUUACAAUUUUCGCUCUUUAAUCAAUUAGAAGAUUUACAUGUGUACUUAUACUCGUAUUUUAUUACCAUGAACCGGAAUGUUAUUUAAAGAGCUGGAACUAUUAAUAUCAGAAAUCUAAUCAGAGGUUAGGUUUUGGGUUACUCUUUUAAAAUGGCAAAUACGAAAAAAAGUGAUGAUGUGGAUAUACCCAAUGAGGAAGGAAACCUUUUGCAACCACCUACAGAAAAAAGUCCUCCAACCCGAAACCCAUUGAUGAAGGUACGAACUUACGUGUUGGCACUUCGACCGUGGUCUCUCAGUGGAAGUCUGUUACCAACGCUUUUGGGUGCUGCUCUCGCGUAUCGUUUACCAGGAGAAAGCGGAUUUAAUUGGGUCACAUUACUUAUAACCCUGUGCACUGUUAUUCCCGUACAUGGCGCCGGAAAUGUCGUCAAUACCUAUUUCGAUUUUGUUAAGGGAAUAGAUAAUCGAAAAUCGGAUGACAGAACACUUGUUGAUCAUAUUUUAAGUAAAGACGAAGUCGUUUCUUUAGGAGCUAUACUGUAUAUGGCUGGUUGUGCAUUUUUUGUGCUUUUAGUGGUUCUAUCUCCUGCUCGAAUGGAACAUUUAGCUUUGGUGUACUUUGGAGGCCUAUCAUCAUCUUUUUUAUAUACUGGUGGAAUUGGUUUAAAGUACAUUGCCCUUGGUGAUAUAAUAGUGUUAGUAAUAUUUGGCCCUGUAUCUGUGGUGUUUGCUUUUCUGGCACAAACAGGAAGAGUUGAUUGGCCAAUCAUUUAUUAUGCAAUCCCUCUGGCUUUAAACACUGAAGCGAUUUUACACAGCAAUAACACAAGAGAUUUGGAAGCAGAUAGUAAAGCAGAAAUUGUUACUUUGGCCAUAUUGAUUGGUAGGACAGCAUCAUAUCUCUUAUAUGCGUUUCUACUAUUUACACCAUAUAUAAUGUUUGUUGUGGCCUCUGUCCGCUGCUCUCUAUGGUUUUUACUUCCAAUGCUUACAUUGCCUCGAGCUUUUGAAAUUGAAAGGAGAUUUAGGAAAUCGGAAACUAUGCAAUAUGUUCCAAGACAAACGGCAAGACUUAAUUUCUAUUUUGGUAUGCUCUAUGUGAUAUCUUGCUUGUUUGCUAACAAACUACCAUUUCUUUUAAGAUAAUAUUUAAAUUGUUUAAUUUGAGCAGAUGUCUGUACUUAAUGAACUUAGAGACUAUAUAUAUUGUUAGAUUUUUGAUGAGCUUUGAUAUUUUUACUUGAGGACAUCAUGUUUAGAAACUGGUGAUUGUAAUGCUCAAACCAUAAUCGGAUAUGUCUAAUCACUUAGUUUAAAGAAUAAUAUGCAAAUGGUAGGUACUGUAAGGGCAGCUAUUGUUUAUAAAUUGUUAUUAAAAUUAAAACUUAUUACAAUUGAUUUGUUCUACAUUUAAAUUUGUGAACAUAUCAUAACAGUUCAUUUCAAUGAGGCUGUAACAUGUAUUAAAUAUAUUGAACUCUCUUGAUGAAGGUUAUUGAUAACUAAUAUUAGCUCCUUGCUUUUAUACUUAUGUAAAUGUACAGAGGUUUUGUUCAUAAAUAAAAAUGUUACUUCUAGUGUUCUGUUUCGUCACAACUACCAAAACUUGGCAUGUCUUAGAUAUAUCUAUUAAAAUCUCAUAUGCUACCUCUUUGCUCUGACGGGCAACUGAAUAACAAGCUUUGGAUGUCUUUUGUAACUUGUUCUUAGAUUUUAUUUGUGUACUGUAUUCUCAUGUAUUCGAGUCAAUCAAAUUGUUAAUGUAUAUUUGACAAUAAAUAUAUUACGAACUUUAAAUAUUAAGCAGAAUAAAUAGUUGAUAAUAUUUA